ACACGGAUUCUAUUUGCACGGUGUCUGUUUACCGUCGAGGGGAAAUAAAAUCUAAUGCAGGAAUUUGUCGGCUCGACCGUGGUUUUUAGUUUACUUUGGAGUAUUUUCGGUGCGCAUAUUUCAUUCAUUCUUGGUAGUGAUUUCAAUCGGUUUUUCCUUUUUUUUUUAUAACACAGCUCUACUGGAAUGAGGCAUGUUUCCCCAGUGUGGCCGGUGGCGAGCCCGCAGAGACGGCGUCUGGCUACUGGUUGUCAUAGCAACCGUUUCCACGCUCGUCUCGCUUCACCUAGGUGACAGGUUGUCCUGGUUUGCAUCGAAACCGGAAGUCAAAGAGCUCAACCGUGACGAGGAGAGAUUGCUGGACGACCAAAGGUCAUUAGGUGACAACGAGGCUCCCUACGUCACACGGGACAAUCAGGUCAUUAGUGACGUCACGCGCAUUAGCCAUCGUAACUCCUCCUACCCUGACCUUGGAUUAAACAACUCCGGGCUUCACAACAUAGAGAGUUCUACUAGAAUCACGGGCGGUGACGGUUCUCACAUCGGCGCUGCCCACCCACACCAUCCUGACCCCGACACGAGAAACUCGGACACCUCGAACCCUGCAGGAGCGGGCACUCCUACCUUAUCAGCAGGACCGUCUCAACCCCCAGGGCUUGAGCCCUACCCCGUCCCUAGAUAUUUUGAGAACCUUCCAGGACCUAACACUACACAGUCUCACCAGACAGGGACCCCUCCCUUACACGAUUGGCUGACUCAGGGACAUGUGUAUGUGCUGAGUUAUCUCCAUUUUCUUGACAGUUUUUCUGAGAAAGGCACCAAACCUGGUGCCAUACGUUCCAACAAUGCCAACUUUAUUGGUUCUCUUUGCCAUUGUUGA